AUUGUGCAGCAGUAAAUCUACAUUGUGCCAUCCCCUCUCCUUGAAAGUGGCUGCAACAGAAGCUUAAAGCUUGGACUCCUCUUAGAGAGGUAUUGGCCCUUUGACAGUGGUGAAAUGAAGACCUUUGGGACAGGGUGUGGACAGCAGUCCUGAAGUGCAGGGUAAACUGACAGAGACCACUGUGCUACCUUUCAGAGGGUGGUCAAAUGAGCGAUCUUGUGGAAGAGAACUGCAAGGAAAGCUAUCCUUCCCAGGAAACACCUGCAGAAGAAAAUGUCUCUCCUGCUAAGGACUGCUCAAUAGGACAGAAAAAACUGCAAAAACUUGAGAAACAAUUAAAAUACUUAGCCUUUCAAAAUCCAGGACCUCAGGUAGCUGACUUCAACCCUGAAACUAGGCAGCAGAAAAAGAAAGCAUGCAUGUCACAGAUGAAGCAAAAUAUUUUUUAUGAGUCCAAGUUUACAAAGAAGUAUGACAAACACGGCAGGCUGCUUUGUAAUGACACUGAUUUGUGUGAUUGCCUGGAAAUGGACUGCCUGGGUUGCUUCUAUCCUUGCCCCAAAUGCAAUUCAAACAAAUGUGGACCAGAAUGUCGCUGCAAUAGAAAAUGGGUUUAUGAUACAAUUGAAACUGAAGAUGGGAAUGUGAUCAGUGUCCUGCCAUUUUUUGUCCCUGACUGAUCAUAUUCUGUUAGUUUUUGUGCCUGAGCAAUGUUCUUUUUUCUUCAUGUUUUAUUAAAGUAGGUCUUGGUUUUAUGAA